AUGAGUUUCGUCCCGGCACCAGGAUACAUGCCUACCUUCAACCCGCCCCUCCCCUACUCCAUGCCCGUCCCUGGGGGGCUCCGCCCCGGGAUGUCCGUCUAUGUGCAGGGGAUGGUCCCGCAUCACACCAAGAGGUUCCGGGUGAACUUCUCCUGCGGGGGGCACGAAGGGGCGGACAUCGCGCUGCACUUCAACCCGCGCUUCGACGGCAAGGACAAGAUCGUCCUGAACAGCUUCCGGGGGGGCUCGUGGGGGAAGGAGCAGAUCCAGAGCAUGCCGCUCCGGAAGGGGCACCCCUUCGAGGUCGUCUUCAUCGUCAACAACGACGGCUACCAGAUCCUGGUGGAUAGGAACCCCUUUUGCACCUUCGAGCACCGGAUCCCUCCUGAGCAUGUGCAGGUCUUGAAUGCUGAUGGAGACCUGGAGCUGCAGUCCCUGAAUCUCAUGGGAGGGGCCAUGAUGGGACCUGGGGGGAUGCCUCCCCAAGGCUAUCCGCCGAUGGCAAUGCCGGGCAUGGCGCCCGGUUCUGGAUACCCAAAUCCAAACCUUCCUGGUGCCAUGACACCAGAAUAUGGGUACGGAGUGCCAAACCUUCCUGUGAUGUCCGCCCCGACUGCCUACCACCCGCAAGUGCCCUACCGGGGGAACCUCGCUGGAGGGCUGGGAUCCAAGAGCACUGUUGUCCUGAAAGGGUUUGUGCCACCUAAUGGUAAAAGAUUCCACAUCAACUUCAAAGCCGGCCCCCAGGACAUCGCCCUGCACAUUAACCCCCGCAUGGACGAGCGUGUGGUGGUGCGGAACAGCCUCCUGAACGGCAACUGGGGUCCGGAAGAGCGGGAGCUGUCCUUUAACCCCUUUCAGCCUGGACAGUACUUUGAUCUCUCCAUCCGUUGUGGCAACCACCGGUUCAAAGUUUUUGCCAACGGCCAGCACCUCUUCGACUUCAACCAUCGUUUCCACAACUUCCAGCAAAUUAACAUGCUUGAGAUCGAUGGGGACGUGAACCUCUCAUACAUCCAGUAUUGAGCCUGGGAGAAACGAGGCGGAGGGGGACAUGCUCGCACACACGC